CUUAUAAGAACGAAUAAUUUUAUUAAAAGAACCAAAUGGACUCUAUAGACGAAUACAUGCACAAAAACUCUCAAAUUUUAUAUUUCCCGCGAUCAAUACCCACGAAAGAAGUUGAAGCAAGUAUUGGACCGACUAGCAUAUUUUGUCAAUGUUUAAACGAAUGUUCUCUAGUAAACGGUUGUACUUGCGUACAACAAAGCGGCUCCUACUACAGCUAUAAGGCCCUAUUAGACUUAGCAAGUUAUGUACUAAAUGAUAAGCCUACGGCUAGACCUACAUAUGAAUGUAAUGAUCAAUGCUCUUGCUGUGACUUGUUGUGCGGCAACAAACUAAUUCAGUGCGGCCCUCGUAAGAAUUUAACUGUGAAAUUGUGCAGCAAUGAAACAAAAGGAGAAGGUUUGUUUACAGAAAGCGCGAUAGGGUCUGGGAAUUUCAUUUGUGAAUAUGCCGGGGAAAUAAUAUCAGAGUCUGAAGCUUCUGCAAGAUACAAAAUCAAUGCCAAUGCUAAAAAAAUGAAUUACAUAUUUUGUAUCGAUGAAUACUUUGGGGACAAAAAUGUAAAAACGUUUAUUGACCCGAUGUAUUAUGGAAACAUUGGUAGAUAUGUGAAUCACAGUUGUGAACCAAAUUCCACAAUGGUAAUAGCUAGAAUAAACGAAACCGUUCCAAUUUUAAGUUUGUUUGCUAGCAGAGAUAUUGAACCGGGUGAGGAAAUAACCUAUGACUAUGGUAUAACAGAUGUAAGUCAUUUAGAAGAACCCAGCGAAACAGACAGAACAAAAUGUUUGUGUAAUAGUAACAAAUGCCGGAAGUUUUUGCCCUAUGACACUAGACUCAUGUAAAGACCUGUUUCAAUACGCUAAAGAUUCCAAUUUACAUUUAGUAUUAUACCUUACUAAACCAGAAUAGUAUUUCCAAUAUGCAAUAACAAAACACCAAUAAGGUGUUUUCCAUACUGUGAUGAUCUGUAUAAUAUACAUCCCAAAAAUAGAGUAGAAAUCUCAAUUCCGUUUUAAUUUUAGAACUCCAUAUGUCCUGUUUUAUGACUGUUAUUGUUAAAAUAUACAU